AUGUUUGCAGCUAUUUUAGCUUUAAUGGCUAUGCCUUUAACAGAUUUAUCUAAAUUAAGAGGAGUACAAUUUAGACCUUUAAGUAAAAUAGCAUUCUUUGUAUUUGUAGCUAAUUUCUUAGUAUUAAUGCAAAUAGGUGCAAAACACGUUGAAACACCAUUUAUUGAAUUUGGACAAAUAUCUACUGUGUUAUACUUUGCUCACUUCUUUAUUAUAGUGCCUGUAGUAAGUAUUAUAGAAAAUAGUUUAGUAGAGUUAGCUAUAAAAAAAUAA